GCAGCCGCCGCCGCAGCCGCCGCCUGGGCCGCCCGGUGUCCCCGGUGGAGCCGCCGCCGCCGCCGCCGGGAGCUCGAUGCGGACGGAGCCCGGGCCGGGCCAUGGGGAUCCUCAGCAUCACGGACCAGCCGCCCCUGGUCCAGGCCAUCUUCAGCCGCGAUGUGGAGGAAGUGCGUUCCCUGCUCUCGCAGAAGGAGAACAUCAACGUGCUGGACCAAGAAAGGCGAACCCCACUGCAUGCUGCUGCCUACGUAGGCGAUGUCCCCAUCCUCCAGUUGCUACUGAUGUCAGGUGCUAAUGUCAACGCUAAGGACACACUGUGGCUGACCCCUCUUCAUCGUGCUGCUGCCUCCCGAAAUGAGAAGGUGCUGGGGCUGCUGCUGGCACAUUCAGCAGAUGUGAAUGCCCGGGACAAGCUGUGGCAGACACCACUGCAUGUGGCUGCCGCCAACCGGGCCACCAAGUGUGCUGAGGCUCUGGCACCCCUGCUGAGCAGCCUCAACGUGGCUGACAGGAGUGGGCGCAGCGCUCUGCACCAUGCAGUGCAUAGUGGGCAUCUUGAGACGGUGAACCUGCUCCUCAACAAGGGAGCCAGCCUGAAUGUCUGUGACAAAAAGGAGCGACAGCCUCUGCACUGGGCAGCUUUUCUAGGGCACUUGGAAGUCCUGAAAUUGCUGGUGGCACGGGGAGCAGAUCUUAGCUGCAAGGACCGCAAGGGCUAUGGGCUGCUCCACACCGCUGCUGCCAGUGGCCAGAUCGAAGUGGUGAAGUACCUGCUCCGGAUGGGGGCCGAGAUUGACGAGCCCAACGCUUUUGGAAACACAGCUUUGCACAUCGCCUGCUACCUGGGCCAGGAUGCUGUGGCUAUCGAGCUGGUGAAUGCCGGCGCCAAUGUCAACCAGCCUAAUGAAAAGGGCUUCACGCCAUUGCACGUGGCUGCGGUCUCCACCAAUGGCGCCCUUUGCUUGGAGCUGCUGGUCAAUAACGGGGCCGAUGUCAACUACCAGAGCAAAGAAGGGAAGAGUCCUCUGCAUAUGGCUGCCAUCCACGGCCGUUUCACCCGCUCUCAGAUCCUCAUCCAGAAUGGCAGUGAGAUCGAUUGUGCCGACAAGUUUGGGAACACGCCACUGCAUGUGGCUGCUCGCUACGGACACGAGCUGCUCAUCAGCACCCUCAUGACCAAUGGCGCGGACACCGCCCGGCGCGGCAUCCACGACAUGUUUCCCCUGCACUUAGCUGUUCUCUUUGGAUUCUCUGACUGUUGUCGUAAGCUGCUUUCCUCAGGUCAGCUGUACAGCAUCGUAUCUUCACUCAGCAACGAGCAUGUGCUCUCAGCUGGGUUUGACAUCAAUACGCCUGACAACCUUGGCCGCACCUGUCUUCAUGCUGCUGCUUCUGGAGGAAAUGUUGAAUGUCUUAAUUUGCUGUUGAGCAGUGGAGCUGACUUGAGGAGGAGAGACAAAUUCGGAAGGACCCCCCUGCACUAUGCAGCCGCCAAUGGCAGCUACCAGUGUGCAGUCACUCUGGUGACUGCCGGGGCCGGCGUCAACGAGGCCGACUGUAAAGGCUGCUCCCCUCUCCACUACGCUGCUGCCUCCGACACUUAUAGGAGAGCGGAACCCCACUCAUCUUCCAGCCAUGAUGUUGACGAGGAUGAGCCACUGAAAGAGUCCCGCAGGAAGGAGGCCUUCUUCUGUCUGGAGUUCCUACUGGAUAACGGUGCAGACCCCUCCCUGCGGGACAGGCAGGGCUACACAGCCGUGCACUAUGCAGCCGCCUACGGCAAUAGACAGAACCUCGAACUGCUCUUAGAAAUGUCCUUUAACUGCCUGGAGGAUGUGGAGAGUACCAUUCCAGUCAGCCCUUUGCACUUAGCUGCCUACAACGGUCACUGUGAAGCCCUGAAGACACUGGCCGAGACGCUGGUGAACCUGGAUGUGAGGGACCACAAGGGCCGGACUGCGCUCUUCCUGGCCACUGAGCGCGGCUCCACAGAGUGCGUGGAGGUGCUGACUGCUCACGGCGCCUCUGCCCUCAUCAAGGAGCGGAAGCGCAAGUGGACACCCCUGCACGCUGCUGCUGCCUCUGGCCACACUGAUUCCCUGCACUUGCUGAUUGACAGUGGGGAUCGAGCUGACAUCACAGAUGUCAUGGAUGCCUAUGGCCAAACCCCACUGAUGCUGGCCAUCAUGAAUGGCCAUGUGGACUGUGUACAUCUGCUGCUAGAGAAAGGAUCCACAGCUGAUGCUGCUGACCUUCGGGGUCGCACUGCCCUCCACCGUGGGGCAGUGACUGGCUGUGAGGACUGCCUGGCUGCCCUGCUGGACCAUGACGCAUUUGUGCUGUGCCGAGACUUCAAGGGGCGCACGCCCAUUCAUCUGGCCUCAGCCUGUGGUCACGCCACGGUGCUGCGGACCCUGCUGCAGGCUGCCCUUUCCACGGACCCCCUGGAUGCCGGGGUGGAUUACAGCGGAUACUCGCCCAUGCACUGGGCCUCCUACACUGGACACGAAGAUUGUCUGGAGUUGUUACUUGAACACAGCCCAUUUUCAUAUCUGGAAGGAAACCCCUUCACUCCUUUGCACUGUGCAGUAAUUAAUAACCAGGACAGCACCACAGAGAUGCUGCUGGGAGCUCUGGGUGCCAAGAUUGUGAACAGCCGAGAUGCCAAAGGACGGACCCCUCUUCACGCAGCUGCCUUCGCGGACAAUGUCUCUGGCCUCCGCAUGCUGCUGCAGCAUCAAGCUGAGGUGAACGCCACUGACCAUGCUGGCCGCACGGCGCUCAUGACGGCGGCCGAGAACGGGCGGACUGCUGCUCUGGAAUUUCUGCUGUACCGAGGGAAGGCAGACCUUACUGUGCUGGAUGAGAACAAGAACACUGCCCUCCACUUGGCGUGUAGCAAGGGCCAUGAGAAAUGUGCCCUCAUGAUCCUGGCAGAAACCCAAGACCUUGGCCUUAUCAAUGCCACCAACAGUGCGCUGCAGAUGCCACUCCACAUUGCUGCCCGGAAUGGUCUAGCUUCUGUGGUGCAGGCCCUGCUGAGUCGUGGGGCGACAGUGCUGGCUGUGGAUGAAGAAGGUCACACCCCAGCACUGGCCUGCGCCCCCAACAAAGAUGUGGCAGACUGCCUGGCCUUGAUCCUUUCCACCAUGAAGCCUUUCCCACCCAAGGACGCCGUCAGUCCUUUCAACUUGAGCCUGUUCAAAAACUGCAGCAUCGCGGCAGCCAAGACGGUGGGUGGCUGCGGCGCCCUGCCCCACGGGGCCUCCCGCCCCUACAGCCAGGAGCGGCACGGCGCCGUCGGGCUAGACGGCUGCUACUCUGAGUAGCCCCCUCCCGUGUCCCUCCCUGCCGGUGGCUUGAUAUCUUAUUCUAUUUAUUUAGAAAAAGUCUAUACAUUUAGGGCACUUUAAAGGAGAACACGACUGGGUGGGGGGGGCGGAGGGGACAACAAAAGCACUGGGGAGCAGCUGCUCACCCCUUUGCCACACCAUCCUGGCCUGGCAGGGGUCUGGGACCCACAGGAAGCACCCCAGGCCCUUGGUUCCCCCAGGGCCACCCCUUCUGCCAAGUGUCCCAAAAUGAUUGCUAAAUGCCUGGCUCCCCCUCUCCUUUACCCCAUCUCUCUGUCCCCCCUUUCUGCUGCCAGCUCCCCCAACUCUUCCCUCUGCCUCUCCCCUCUCUGGCCCCCCCGCAUCCCCCCCCUUACUGCCAGGCAGACCCCUCCUCUUCCAUACCCAUCACUGCCUCCCUGCUCGGCCGGCCCCUCCAUCCCCGCAGCAGUGAGAAGCCUUAAUUUCUGGUACUGUGUGAGCACUCUGGGGGUGUCCCCCUCCCCCUUCAGGGGCAGCUAGCAGAUGAGGGGGGAGGGUACUUAGCACUGGGGCCUGGAGCUUCCCCCUACUUCUGUCCCCCAUCACCCCUCAAGUUCAAAUGCAAAACACUUGAAGCAGCAACUACUGUACCUGGGCCCCUUCCUGCACUCUACCCUGGCUCCUCAUAUGCAAAUCAAGGGCUGGUUCUGCCCCCACAGCCUGCCCCCCCAUCCCGCCCACCCCUGGCCUGGCCCCCUAACCACGCACUUUAACCUUGCUUCUUUUAACUUCUUUUGGGAGGGCAGAGCCUGCGGCCAUUCCGUCCCUGGCUCUCCUCUCCCUUAACUUUGAGGCUUGUCAUGAAUUUUUAAGUAAGCAUUUUAUCCUUUAAGGGAAGAAACAAAUGUAAUUUCCUGCCCAUUUCAAACCAUAGCACGAGUAUGUCCUAUGUGUUUCAGGCAUGUGUUUGCAUGUACGUAGAGGGAGGGACUGUGUACUCCCUCCCGUGCCCCCAACCCCGCAGCUCCUCUGUGCCCUCUGUCUGCCACCACCUUCCAUUAGGUCCAAGAGUACCCACCGCCUCCAGUCACUCCUGAUCUGAAGCCAAAGAGGGUGGGAGGGGCAGGGCAGACUCGGGACCGUGGCUACUCGGGACUCGGGCUUCCCCUUCCGCGUGAGGAUGAAGCUCUGACCUAGGGAGCAACAAGUAGAUACUGAGGCUGGGUCCCUGCCUUCCCGGCCGCAGGGAGAGAUGGGAUUGAGCUUGGGGCUGCACUGAUAAGACUCCUAAAAGUUGCUCCCCAAAAGCCAAACUGGGCUGGAGUGAGGAGGGGGCAGUUUUCUCUCUAAAUGUAGCAUUGAAUUUGGCCCUGGUUCCUGCAAACCCCCUGUCCACCCAUCUCCUAGCAAUGCCUCCUGGACAGCUGGCCUCGCCCCCUCGCCCAGUGCGCCCUUCCUCACACUCGAUACCUCAGCCAGGGGCCAAGACACAGAACUUGAAUAGAGGUCAUGCCCCCUCCACCCCCACAGCGCAUCCUUGCCCAGUUUGGCUGCCAUCAGUAUUGUCCCCUGAGAACUGGACAGGCUUCGUUUACACAGUACGGGGGUCUCCCCCCGGGGGGCCCCUCAGUCUCCUUCCCCUACUCAUGCUUGCUUUAUUCACCAUCUUACCCACCUCUCAGGCGUGUCCCUUGCAAGUCUCGCCACCCUUGCUGAGGGUGGGCUGAGGGGAGAGGGGGCACCCCGGGGAGCCCCCCCUCGCCAGUGGAUACCCUCAACCAUACCUCAUGCUGGUUCCCCGAAGCCUGGGCUGUUUGUCCAAGUUCUUUUUGUCACAGUCUCUCCUGAUCGCCUGUGUCUCGCCUCCCCCGCCCCUCAGUUCCUGAACCAUUUCAAAACUUCAAGUGACCAUUAUCGAUGAGAAGGAUUGUGCAGCUUUUAGUUUUUAUUUUUGUUUUCAAAGCCAAAGGGCCUUGCGACGCCCCUCUUGCCCGCCUCCCUUCACACCCCGUCCUCCCCUGUACGACAAUCAAUGUGACCUCUCUUAAGGGCUGCAGCCCCCGCCCCCGACCCUGCUGGUUCUGCAAAGCUUGCCCCCUAACUUCAAUGCUCUCUCCUAGAAUCUUCCCAUUCCACCCCCACCCUCUCAUUUUGGUGCUGGGAACUAGGUGGUGGGGGGCAGGGGGAGAGGGAGUGGGGUCCUCCAGAGGAGACUUGGGGUAUCAGUCGUGUUCUCCUUUAUCAAUAUUUGGCAGUGACAGGAAGAAUCUUGAGUAUUUGUCAGGAGCCCCGUUGUUUUGCUAGAUGAGAUUUCUGGUGGCUGCCACCGCCUGCCGCCCCUUCAGCACACCGUCAGCAGUGCUGGGCAGGUUGUGGGGAGUCCCCCGCCCCUCCUCAUGUGGCUGUGAGGAGGCCUGGAGGACGAGCAGCCUCCUCUCCUUAUGCCAAAGGAAAUCCCACACCCUCCCCUGGGCUCCCAGCCCCUAGAGUUUUUUGAAGCAUUUUGACCAUUCUCAUGGCCACUGCAUAUUUAUUUUAAUGUUAAGAUUUUUUUAAACCUCUUUGACUUAAACGGGUGUGGAGAAGUACAACAGGCAGAACGCCCCCCGUCUUUCGGAGGUAGGGUGGGGCGGAAGCGUCUCCAUCCCUUCGCCUCCCUCUUCCCUUCCCCCUCUCCCCACCGCAGCUCUAAAGCACUUGCUUCAAGUAAUAAGCACUUUCGAGAAAAGGCCUAUCUUAAGUGAGGGCCCUGGGAGCAGCCCCAGGUCCCAGCAAAGGAGACAGAGCGAGGGCUACGUAGGAGACAGGGAAACAGACGUGUGGAUCGGAGGGCGAGAUGAAAAGAGCCAGUUUUCAGUUUCUGACUUUGGGGGAGAUGUUUCCGGCCGGGCAGUGGCUGUGGCAGGGUUGUGUACUAUCUUUCGGAAAAGCAAAUGGCACAAACUGUUGGUCCCAGGAUGGACCGACAGACCCGGGUCACUGCCACUGCCCAGCUGAGACGGACGGGCCACCGCCCCCACCCGCGGCCCCCUGAGCCAUAGGACUGCUGAAAACCACUGAAUGUACAGCCCAGGAGGGGGUGGGGAGCAGCCCCUGGGGGUGGGGGGCUUCUCCUUUUGUUUGGUGCUGUGGGGGGGUGGAAGAGAGGAGACUGAGGGACUGCCGCCCCACUCCGACGUGUGUCCCUUGCUCGGGGUGGAGGCGCUGAGGAGGGCCGACCUCCCUCUCCAACCCCGGCCAUGGCCCCUCUUCCUUCCUCAUCCCUAUCCGUUUUGACUGUAAGUCCAGCUCACCUUUGCCUUCAAUAUGUAACCAAAGGAAAACUCAAUACUGUUUCCACCGCUGUCUGCCCACCCGAGCACCUUCUGACUCCCUGGACCUGGAGGGGGAGAAGAGGCCGGGGGUGGGGGUGGGGGUGGGCAGAUUGGACGGUUCUACACCUGUACCCCCCACACCUUCUCUGGGGUCUUGGGAGGGACCCUGAGAGGUGAGGUUGGGGCCAGGCGGGGGGGCUGGGCGCGGGCGCACUCUGUGUCUUGUGCACCCGAGUGUUUCUUCUCGGACGGACUCCGUGACUGUGCUCCAGCAGGGAGCCCCUUCCGCCUUCCCUCCCCGCCACGCUCGCCCUCUUCCCACACCCGGCGUUCACCCUCCGCCUCCCCUUCCCACUGCAAAGGAAAAUAGCCUUACAGACCCUAGCCCAGAAACAGAAACCCUCCUCGCGGGGCCAGCCAGUCUGGGCCCCGCCCCGCCUAGUUUGACCCUUUCCUUUAAAGAAGGAGGGAGAAAGGAGCAGAGCAGCCCUUCCCCUCUGAUCGCGGUGGCUCCAGCCCUCCGAGGCCUUGACCCGGGCUGGGCAAGGCUGGAGGUGAGGAAUCUUUGAGGACCAAGCCCAGUGGUCUGGGAAGAGGGAGGUAGGAAGGGAAGGGUCUGACUUGGGGACUCCCUCCUCCCGACCCGACCCUAGAGAAGCGACCAAAUCCCAGAGGGGCGGAAGGUGGGGUGAGGGGUCUGCUCUAUGAAUUACUUGAAGGUACUGACUCCGAGGCUGCUGUUGCCCACGUAGGUGUGAGGGGGACACUGUCACUGCGUUUGGGAGGGCAGAGGGUGGUGGGUGACGGGAGGAUCCACCCUCGGCCUCGCUCACUCCUGCUAGGCCCGUUCCGCAGGGAGCCAGGCUUUGCCCCAGGGAAGUCGGGGAGAGCCUCCCUCCCGUCUCCAUCCCUCACUCUGGGCGCCCUCUCCAAUUGCACUAAAGUAGCUGUUGUGCCAGUCUUUCCCCCACACCAGGGUGGGGUCUCUGCUUCCAGUCCCUUCUCCCCCGACGGCCUCCGCUCCCACCCCGGACAAUCUCCUUGUCCCCCUGUGUUCCUGGAUAGCUCAGCUUUGUGUGUGUGUGUGUUGGGGGGAGGGGGGGGUUCUGGCUGGAGUGGGUUCGGCAGGAGUGGGGAAGGGCUAGGGGCAGACGGAGGACGGAGUCUCCUACCCCUUCCCCAGCGCCAGCCACGGAAGCCCGGGCGGGAGGGCGCCCACUCUCGCCGCCGCGUGUCUUGCAGAUGUGCCAAAAUGGGGGUGGGUGGGAGGGGAGGGUGCCUGGCAGAGCGGCCCCCAGGGUGGCUCUCUCAAAGCAAUACAGUUCCUCCUGCCUGGGGGACGGCAAGACAGGGGAGAGGGUUGGGUUGGGGGCCCGGGGGUUCCCUGUGUACAGCUGUGUAUAUUCAGGGGUGUUCUCUGUCUGGUACCCGCUGUGGGCGUCUACGUGUGUGUGAACUUCCCGUCCCCAUGCCCUGCAUGACCUGUGAUGCUGCAGACACGACCAUCCUGUGUGCAGGGGUGGGUUGGGGGCACUGAGGGGCAUGUUCCAUGUCCCAUUGCACCCUCCACCCUGUGACCCAUGUACUCGGUUGUAGGAAGUAAAGAGAACUGAGCACAAUUCACUGGAUUCUAGUGGAAUCUUUCUCUAAGCAAUUUCCCCUUCCUGCACUUCUCCCUGCCCCAGACCUUCCUGUGGUGCUAGCGUUGGGGUCGGGGGUGUGUAAUGCUGGUGGGCAGCAAUAAAGGGCAGAUGUGCCCGAUGCCUGUAUCCCCAGGGUGCUGAGGGCAGCAGGACAACGUGGGGACCUCGGUGCAUUUGCCCCCCCCUCCCCCCCCCCCCCCCCCCCGGGCUAAAGCACAAUGCUCUCCCUCCCUGAAGACUGAUGCACCCCGCACCCUCCAGCCCCUAGUCACGUCCUCCCCGACCUGCUUUGGAGCCCUCCCACCACACCCUGGUUUUCUAUGCUGUUUUGGUGCAAGUACAACUGUCGUAGUUCUGGCUUCGGGAUGGGUUCUGUUUAUUAAAAUCCUAUUGCUCCUA